GCAUCCCUGGACGUGCGCAUGCGUUCGGUCAGGGGCACGUGAGUACGAGGCCGGCCGUGGACUGGCCGAAAGGAGCCGCGCGCCCGCGCCCGCGCGGGGGGGGAGAGAGAAAGAGAGUGGAGAGGACCCGGACUCCCGGCAAUGACUGAGUGCGCGAGCCGGCGUAGGGCCGCCGUAACCGGGAGCGUCGGCGCGCUGUGAUCGCGUGGGAGACGGCAGGCUGGAUGUUACCAGCAGCAGCAGCAGGAGGUGAGGAGGCAGGCAGGCAGUGAGUGAGUGCCCGGUCCCGGUCCCGGUCCCUCUCCCCUCCCCUCUCUCCCCCCACCUCCCCCCUCUCCAGGGAGGGGGGCCGGGAGCUGCGGCUGCGCUGGAGCUGGAGCUCGAGCGGAGUGAAGCGGGGCCCCGAGGCCGAGGCCCGGAGAGGGGGGAGGAGGAGGAGGAAGAGGGGAGCCGGAGAGCCAGGCCCCGGCCUCUGUCGCUCAGUGAUGUGGAGUGCGAGCCAUGGAGACUCGCGAGCUGCCGAGAGAAGGCGCCGCCGACUGUGAGGAGCGCCCGGCGCUGAGCGGUACCGGCACCGGCCACAGCCCGAGGCUGCCGGGCCUGCUGUGGGAGCCCAAGUACAGCCUGGUGCAGGAGGUGGGCCGCGGCAGUUACGGCGUGGUGUACGAGGCGGUGGUGAGGAAGAGCGGAGCCCGGGUGGCCAUCAAGAAGAUCCGCUGCGACGCCCCGGAGAACGUGGAGCUGGCCCUGUCCGAGUUCUGGGCUCUGACCAGCCUCAAGCGGCAGCAUGAGAAUGUGAUCCAGUUCGAGGAGUGUGUGCUGCAGCGCAACGGCAUGGCCCAGAAGAUGAGCCACGGCAACAAGCGCUCCGAGUUCUACCUGCGCCUGGUGGAGACCUCACUGAAGGGCGAGCGGAUCCUGGGCGCCGGCGAGCCCUGCUACCUCUGGUUCGUCAUGGAGUUCUGCAACGGCGGCGACCUGAACCAGUACGUGCUGUCCCGGAGGCCCGACUCGGCCGUCAACACCAGCUUCAUGCUGCAGCUGACCAGCGCCAUCGCCUUCCUGCACAAGAACCACAUCGUCCACCGCGACCUGAAACCCGACAACAUCCUCAUCUCCGAGAAGUCGGGAGUCCCCAUUCUCAAAGUGGCCGAUUUCGGCCUCAGCAAAGUUUGCGUGGUGGGCGGAGGAGCAGCCACCAACAAAAACGUGAAUGUGAACAAGUGCUGGUUGUCCUCCGCCUGCGGCUCUGACUUUUACAUGGCUCCAGAGGUCUGGGAAGGACACUACACGGCCAAGGCUGACAUUUUCGCUCUGGGGAUCAUCAUAUGGGCCAUGAUAGAGCGAAUAACUUUCAUUGAUGCUGAGACUAAGAAAGAACUGCUUGGGACCUAUGUUAGACAGGGCAGUGAGAUUGUACCUGUAGGGGAAGCAUUGCUAGAAAACCCAAAGAUGGAACUACACAUCCCACAGAAAAGGAGAACUUUCAUGUCUGAAGGGAUCAGACAGCUUAUUAAAGACAUGUUGGCUGCUAAUCCACAGGAUCGUCCCGACGCAUUUGAGUUAGAAACUAGGAUGGACCAGGUCACUUGUGCUGCGUAAAUUAUCUAUUAUAAAGGGGAUACUCUUGUAAAAGGCUGGACAAGUUAGAACACGAGUUUGCUGUCAAGAAUGGAAAAUUAAAUUGAACAGCUUCCUUAGAAUGAACAGAAAUUGAAGUCUUUUUGCUGCAUUUAGAGCUUCAGCACUAGCUGAUAUCAGGACAAGGAAAGCUAUGCAAUUAAAUUGCUAAGAUUUUAUUUUUUGGGGUGGGAGGGAGUGUUUGCCAUGCAAUAAACUUGUAUUUACACUAUUUGGUUGUAUCUUCACUUUAUCUGAUUAAAUGCUGUGUCCUUGAAGAUUUAAUUGGGUGGAUUGAAUUCUUAAAGCUGAAUGACCCUAUGUUGAUUAACUUUUGUUUUAUUAUAAGCAUUAGCUGUUAUUGGCAAGAAUUUGAGCAGCUGCACUUAUUAUAUACCAGUAUGAUUUGUUUUAAAAUAAUCAACAUGAGUGACCAGAGUGCCUUAUUAUUUUGGCAGAUUAGUUGAUGCUAUACAGAAUGCAAAACUUUAAAUUUCAAAAUGUGUUAAUUUUUUUGAUUAUGUACUGGAGAGCCAGUUUCUUUAAUAUGGCCUGGAUGAAGUCUUCUGGCAAGCUGAAAACUGUGGGUUAGUUCAACUUUAAAACCAGGAGUUUCGUUGAAAUAACUUGUUGAAUAAAGAGUUUGGCCAUUUGGAAACUGAAGCUAAAUACUUGUGGUUAUUCUUCCUUCUUCCCAGCCACACGCUUAGUGACUUUUGAUAAAUAGCUGAAACUUUGGGUCAAGUAGGAUCUGGUAUUUGGGAUUUGUACUUGAAACAAGGCUGAAGACCAUUGUCUUCUCUCUGACAUGAAGUUUGAAUAAACUUGUCCUAGCUGUGCAUGAGUUAUGUGAUCAUAGUAAAGAACAAAAAUUGUGGCAGUCAUUCUAAUAACUCAUUAGGCUAACGAAUAUCGGAAGUGGAAAGCCCAUAUUCUAUAAAAAUGUACUUGAGUUUUUAACUCUACUAAUUGAAAUACUGUAUGGUAUGGAAUCUUGCUCCACGGCAAUAUAUGACAUUCAAAGCCUGUUAAUGUCCCUGUUUGUAGUAAACCUAGCUUUGUACCCAUAUGCCCAGAUAGAUGCUGUGAAUUCAGGUGUCCUACUCUCCACAUUGGAAAUGGAGUCUUAACUUUAGUAUUUUUUACUGAUAUGCAAUAACUGCUCUAGGAGUUCUUGAUGUUGAUACUGAGUACCAAAUUAGAGCAGCAGCAUUCUUCAGUGCAAAAAAAUUUGUUGUUACUGGCAAGUCUCUCGCUAGUAUGCAAGUUCUUGUUAUUUCCCCACUAGCUCAAACAUAUUAUGGAGGCUGGCUCUUCACAUUUUUCUGCAAGGUUCUCCGUACUAAAGUUGCUACUGGAACAAAAGCUAUGACUUGUUCAACUAGGAUGUACAGAUGCCGUAGAAUCCAGCUGUUUGAAAUCUGGUGAGAGAUUAACAAUUUAGCACAUUUCAGAAGAAAUAUGCAUCACACUUGCUGUUUCGUCUCCCUCUGUCAAAUGUUUAGUGUAGUCCGUUUUCUAAACAGCAAAAUUAGGGUAGUCACUACUUUUCAGCUGUUAAUGAAUUGAAUACUCAACAUUUCUAAAAGCUUUCAAAAUUUGAGUAUUUGACUCUUGGUGGAUGAAAUAAAUAGAAGAAAAUUUGGACAUCAAGUUAAAAUGGUAAUAGGUGACAUUCAUUUUUCACAUGUUUCUGCAUAGUUUUGAAAACUUUUCAAACUUGAUUGUCAAUUUAUUUAUCUUAAUUCUGUCCCUUGUCUACAGGUGAUCUUUUCUUUUGAAAGUAAUUAUUUUUAUUUCAUAGUUAAAGUAAUAUAGUUGUUGCUAUAUAGCUUAUACUUGACUGCACAGGAUUUUUCUUAAUCAGAAAUAUCAGUUUAUACAGCAACCUGUUUAGGGUAUAUUGCUGUUUUUAAAAAAAGUACUGCUGAUCGUUAAUUGUGAAGAAACUUUAAUGCCAAAUUACCAGUACAGGAGUUCACCACAUUUCCAUUGAUCAAGCAAAAACAUUGAUCUAAACCAAAUUAUUCACCACAGCGUUUUCACUAUCUAAUGAAAUGGAGAAAUUGCAAGAUCAUCAAGUUAUAAUCAACAUAAAAAUAAAGAUAGUUACCACUGAGCUAGUGAGCUUGGAUUUAACUUUGCACACUUCUGCUCAUUAAUUGUAAGUGUAGAAAUGUUAGAUGAGAAUGCUGUAUUUGCUGAAAACUAUUAGCUUUGGGAUUAUACCAUUUAAUUGACAUUCCACUGAAGGUUUUCUUCUCGUGUGAAAGCUUGUUUAGGCCCUAUGCAUUUGGAGGCGGGGUGGGGGUGGAAUCUAAGUAGUUCUUUGCUUUUUAAGUACUUCAUUUUGUAUUGGAAUAGAGCUGAUCCACUGGCAAAUAGCAAGUCUGUUCACACCUCAAGUGGAUAGGAUUAUUAACCUGUUUAGCUUUCCUGUCGCCUUCCUAUGGAUAUAACUUGAGGGCUGAGAAAGGCUGAUCAGUAGUGCUGUAGUGAUCAAUCUUGUGUACUGAUGGGUAUCUUUUUUUUUCCCUAAGAUUUGGCAAAUGAAGUAGCAGGCCUUAAAAUUUAUUGGCAGGAAAGAAAAUUCCAUUUUCAACAGUGCAAUUUUUUUUUCCCUGCACCCUCACUACCCGAAGACAUGUUAUUUUAUGCUGAGUACUUUCUAAAGUAGCAAUUCAGUAUUGCAGUUUUGGUGAAUGCUUAUUUGAAUCUUAUUUUAAUAAAGACAAAUGAGUGCCAAUAAUUCUACAGUUAUUAAAAAGUCUCAAGCGUGUAGGUGGAGUUUAAGGCAUAUUAUGUUAGAUUAUUAUAUUAAAUAAACUUGAAACUGCAAAGUUUUUUGGGGGAAAAAUAUUGGUUUGCUAAAUCCAAGGAUGUUCCAGUACUUUGAUUUUUAUGGUGAGUUAAUAUUUUAAAAUUAAUAGUUUUAUUAUGACUGCUUGUUUUUCCAGGUUCAAUUCAAACAUUAGAAAAUGUUGGGAAAUAAACCAAAUUUGAAACUUUUAUAAUGAGUUCAGUUAGAAAACCACAGUGCAUUUGUACAAUAAAUGGGCAUUGAGGCUGCCUUUUUGUUUUCUUCCAUAAAUUAAAUUCUUUUAUCAAUUGCUUAGGUUUUUGUCUAAUAUGCCAUAACUACAGGGUCAUGGAUCUUCAGUCAUGGAAAUGUACUUUUCUUUUCGAAAUUUAAAGUUAUUGUCCUUCAUGGAACUUUAGAAAGGUUUGUUUAGAGUAAAAGCAAACGAAGGCUGUUGUGUUGAAAGAAGAUGGCACUUGCAAUUUGAAUUCAAACUGAAAUUCCUCAAUGACAAUUAGUGUUUAAUAAUCCAUGAAUGUGGGCUGUCAUUGUAAGAAUGUGCUCUCCACUGCUAUUCAGCAUGAAAAUGUUAAUUCAAUACUUUUUGCACUCAGUUGGAAGUGCAGAAACUUUUAAAGCAGCUCAUCUAAAAACACAGUUACUUAGGAAUUUUAUUCUAUGUGGAAAUAAUGGGUUGGGGUGGGGUGAAAAGAGAACAGAUUUGUGGAGCAUUUUGUGCUGGGGCAGAUUGAUAGUUGUGACUGAGCAUUUGGGGUAUGUUUACUGAAGCGUCGCUAUGUGGUUUACAGAAGGAUUUGCUUCAAGAGAAUCCUCGUUUGUUUCUACCUCGUAUUCAGGGUGUCACCUAAGUCAUGCUGGAUGAUGUAACACUGCUUGUUCUCUCUAUGGUUGAUUUUUGUCCUCUCCAAGAACCUUUACACUUCUAUGCAAUUUUUAUGUAUUUGGAUUGAAACACUGUAAUGGUACCACAAUUUCUAUUUAUGUUGGUCUCUCUACUUCGAACAUAAAGAUUGUUGUGGACCAAUAUUUGAACUUUUUUGAUUUUUAUAUUUAACAUUGAUUUGUAGUUUGGACUGGUGCCACUUGAAUAUUCAAAUGAUUUGUCUUAGGAAGAAUAUUUGACAUUCAUUGCAUUUGUUUCAGCAAUAAAGAAUUUAAAGUGUCUUCUGA